GCCUCAUUACGGGUUUACAUUGCCCUCAUAUUUUUAAAUUCCCAAUUAGCUCAUUAAAAUAUAGAACAUCAUGGGUCAUCUCGAACAGUGGCGCUCCCGCCAGAAGAUUGGCAUGGGAAAAGGUUCCCGACACUGCGUGAUUUGCUCCAAUCAGAAGGCCAUCAUUCGCAAGUACGAGCUCAACAUCUGCCGUCAGUGCUUUCGUGAGAAUGCCGAACACAUCGGCUUCACCAAGCUUCGAUAAAGCGUUGAUGUGAUGACGUUAGGUAUUAAAAUGCAAUCUUACUCACUUUUUCCCCUCGAAGCUUUCUGUGCUUGACCUGCUUGAUUGAUUUGUAUUAUUAUGAAUUACAAGGGGAAUAAAUCUGAAUGCGGUGGCUCUAAGUGGGUAUCCCUGCUGAGGUUAUUAGUGUUGUUUUACUUUAUUUUAUUCUUUU